AUGCACGGGUACAUCUCGACCUACUGGCUGUACAAGCGCGACACAGACCGCUGUGCGAGCUGGCUCGCCACCACGGCACUCUCGCUCGGCUUCCCGCGCAAACGCUUCGCAGCAGCCAAAGACGACCUCCGCAAGAACAUGCAUAUGGCCCACCCCACCGCUGGCGGCGGGUGCUCCAGGACGACGACGGCCACAGGCCAGCAGUACCGGUACAUCCUUCGCAUCCCGCAGUUUGUCGAGCUCGCCCAGUUCAUCGCCAACAAAAGCCACUCGGUCCCCCAGAACAAGCUGGCCCUCGUCCGUCGCUGCAUCUCUCGCCGUCUCGCUUGCCUCAAAUUCUUUGAGAAGCACGGCCAGCUCGCGGUCGAUAACCACGUCUACUUUGUCGAGGUCCUUAUCGAGGUCGUCAAGAUCCUCGAGCCUUGCGCUGCCCAGCAGCAGCAGCAGCAGCAGCAGCAGCAGCAGCAGCAGCAGUCGAGCGACAUCUGCGGCGACGACGGCGUCUCGGUUCAGCAUCACGCCUGGAAGAAGACCAAGUCCAAGAGGCGCGGAAAAAAGGGAGGCAAGGGCAAGAAGGCAGCGCACGGCGGACAUCGUUCAGCAGCCGCUUUCAGCACCGGCACCACGACCGAGAACCCCUUCGGCCAUCUCGAGCUUUUCAUCAUCGACGACGACGAGGAUGACGCCGACGAUACUGCCUCGAAUGACGAGGACCUGCAUUACCAAGUCGAGGACAGCAUCGACGAGGCGCUGUGUGCCUUCAUGGCGCUCUACACCGACCUCAACGAGAUCCGCGGUUUCCUCGAGAGCCUCUGGACCGACUGCCGCCAGCGCAAGACGGACCUCGUGACGGCCUCGCUCACCACCAACACGGCCUUCCAGCUCGUGGAAAAGGCGCACGCCGACAUCAUGUCGCGCUACAGCUCGCUCUUCGACGCCCCCGAGGACGUCCUGUUCCCGCUCGUCGACUACGCUUUCCAGCUGAGAACGGGCAAGCACCUCUUCAGCAGCACGGACAGCAAGGCGAAUAGGCGCCUCGACGGUCCGCCUGUCGCCGACGACAGCGUUUGGGGGGACGCCGAGUGGCAGGCCCACGACUUUGUCCACGAUCACUUCUUCGUAGAGCCCUUCCUGGCGCUCAGCAACUGCCUCAAGCGCUACCGAGUCGAUGGAAGCAUGCCCAACAAAGUCUCUGGCGAGAUCCGACCGCUGCUCAGCAGUCCCGUGUAUGCCACGCUCCGACACAGGGAACGCACGCGUCUCGACUGGUUCCUGACCAUCGACGCCUUCAUCAACCUUCGAGCCUUUGACUUUGGCGCAUGGAAGGUUGCUGACGGUCCCAAGAGGUCAAUGGACAUCAGUGCCAACAGUCCCGACGCCCUCACUCGCGAAAUGAGCCGCUGCCUGCGCGGCAACGUCGGACCGACGAUCCUCCUCGCCUUCCAGAUGCGGGUCUACAUCGACAUCAACCGCGUUCUCCAGCUGGACAACCAUCGAGGCCGACUGGAAGCGCAAGCCCACAUGGUGCGCAUCAAGCAGCACCUCGACGAGGCGGCCAGCAACGACCGACAGCCCAACCUCUGUUCCGGCCACAAGGACGACCCCAGGGAGACGUUCAACAACGUCCGCUACCUCCUCGAGGAGCUCCAGUGCCGCGCUCUGGGCGUCGCUACAGAGGAUCGUGGCCGUGAGGAGACCUGGGUCCCCGAGGCCGAGAUCCCCUCGCUCGGCUACCACCCGGCCCUGUGUUGCCUGCAGACCUUCCGUGCGCUGUUCCUUCACCGCAAUGCCGGUGGUGACGCGGCUAGCUGCGGCGGGCUCGUCCUCGCUGGCCUGCACCUCUACAACGCCUGCAACAUCUUGCUCGGCAAAGAGCCGACCGAGGAUGCGCUCGUCUGGCCCGACAUUGACCUCGUUCUCGAGCUGCAUGGGCCCGAGAAGCUGUUCAGCAGCGACGUUCCGACCGGCCUGACGGAAGCGUGCAAGGCCGCAAUGGGGACCUACGGCUACCUCGAGCAGACGGUGCUCGACGUCCUGCACGGCGGCCCCCUUCGACUGGAGCGCGCUCACAAGAUGGCUGGAAAGCAUGACACCGUCCCGCGACUUGAUCGGCUGUCGAACGACUCGGCCUUCCUUUCCAUCUUCACCGACAUGACCUGCACCUGCGCGAACCACAGGAUAGCGCUCCUGCAGGCCAAGAUCAACGAGGGAUCGGUUCAGGGCCUGCUCGCAGACCUCAAUGCCAAGCAGAUGCGCCAGGCACGCAAGGACGCUGCCGCCGGCAAGCCGACCUCGAAAGCGCACGCGGGGCGCGGGUCCAGGUCGAGACGGGCUCUGUCGUUGGUCGAGCUCCUCUCGGUCCUCGCUUCGGGGUUGUCGGCGGACGCGCAAGACUUGUGCUUCGACUACAUGGCCCUGCACACGCGCUGCACCCGCAUCUUCGAGGCGGUCUACAAGGCGCUCGAAGAAGGUCGGGCCGUCCUCGGCGGCGACGACGACUUUCCAAAGGCAUGGCGCCCGAUGCAGGCCGUGAUCAAGACGCUGGUCGACAUCCACUUCUGGCAGGACCGGGCGCUCCUCCUCCGCGUCGCCGGGACCAUGCGCGACGCGCUCGACGAGGUCGGGGCCGACGUCGAGUGCCAAAGGCUAAAGGCCAUGUUGCCGCCGCACGCCGUCGAUGGUUCAGCGACGCGUUUGGCCGCGAACGGCCCCGCCUUGGCCUCGGGUGACGACGAGAUGAUCGCAGAGAGCCGCACCGCCGAGUCGGACGAUCUCGGCCCUGAUCGCUGA